AUGACUGAUGGUACUCUUCUCUUUUCUGUGUUUAAAUGCAAUCCAGAACUACCAACAGCAGUUAAUAUAACUUGGUCUUCAAUCAAUUUUAAAACGAUACUACAGUGGCAACCAAAACCAUCAGGUUACUUCUAUACAGUAGAAAUACACGGACAGACAUCUGACACCAAAAAAAAAUGCAUAUUGACAACAGAAACGGAGUGCGACGUCACUGAUGCGCUCAGGAAUGUAAGAGAGACCUAUACAGCGCACAUACUCUCUGUAACGUCCUCGCGGGUGGAUAACUUUGAAGAACCACCCUUUGCAGUCUCUGAAAAAUUUACACCUUAUAAUCAGACUGUUCUCGGAAAACCGGAGAUACAGAAUUAUACACAGAAAGGUUCCAAACUGAAUAUUGUGCUCCGAGAUCCACUUACACCAUAUACAUUUCCUAACGGAAGCUUUCUAAGUAUUCGAGAUAUUUUCCAACAUGAUCUGGAAUACAAACUCUACUACUGGAAAGACCAAAGCUCUGGAAAGAAAUAUGCAACAACAAAAAGCCAAAAAUUUGAAAUAAGUGUUGAGAGCACAACAAAUUAUUGCUUCUACGUACAGGGAAUCAUUCCCUCCCGCAGAGAAAAUCGUAACGGUCUAGAAAGCACGGUGCUUUGUACCGGUAUAGGAACAAAUAUCUUAAAUGAAUAUGGAGCGGAAGUCUUUAUCAUCAUAGCGGUGAUAGCAAUUGCAGUCAUCACCCUUGCCAUUGUCCUGUCGGUGAUCCUGUGUAAAUGCAAGAAAGCAAAAGCUGCAAGAGAAAAAGAACCGCUUAAUGGUGUCUAA